GUAUCCCUAUUUUUUGGUGCUUUUUGAGGACAUCCCUACAGAUGGACUUCCAAAAUGCACACAUUUCCUUCCAAACGGUGCUAGUUUGGGGGGUAUUUUGGUGGUAUCCCGAUUGUGAACCCCAAAGAAUCAACAGAUUUAACACGGUUAAACAUAUGAGAACGAAAGUGGAACCCCAACACCAGAUGGUUAGAAGAUGAUAAUUCGGACUGGAUUUGGCAAUUGUGGAUUCGAUGCUCAAUUGGCUUGCGCCCGGAUGGGUACAUUGUGUCCCCGUUUAAAGAAGAUAGGCAAUGUGCCCUUGGGAUGUCUUGUACCAGGUUCGACAUUGUUGGUGGCUCCGAAGCAGGAACCAAGCUGAUGAACGUCUGUCAGCGACCUUGGAGCUUGUGUGAGAACUUGGGGGCCACAGAGAGCAUCAUUACGGCCUGCGCGGUGAUGACGCACGCCAACAUGCUGAAGGAGGACCGACUCAAGGUCGGCAUCACAGACGGCUUCAUUCGCAUCAGCUGCGGCAUUGAGGAUUCUGGGGACCUCAUCAAGGCCCUGGAAGUGGCCCUUGAGCAGAUCUGAGGCGGCAAGGCACCUUUGAUGGCUUCAAGUAGAAUGGCCUCACUGCUCACUUAGUAGCCUGACAUUCAUGACACUCUCUGGAUGGUGCAUAGAUGUUCAAUUUGUUUUCUUGCGUGGUUGCAGAAGAAAA